AGUCGCUGUGCCACACACACUUAGACCCAAUCAUAUCAUGGUCGAUCCCGCAGGCGUCUCCGUAAGGUCACCCAGUCCGCAGUCCGUGGAGAUGGUGGAAGAGGAUGAGGUACCCGACCGCCACCUCGGCACGGUGCUCGUGACGGGCGGCUGUGGCUUCAUUGGCCACCACCUGGUCCAUAAGCUCUCUAUACAGCAACGUGAAAACGCAUGUGGGGCCAUACAUGUUAUCGACAGAGACAUUAGCCGCAACGCAUUCGCCAACCCCCAGAUACAUUACCACCAGUGCGACAUCACCAACACCGCCCAGGUGGAGGCCAUCAUGGACCACGUGCAACCCAAGGUCAUAUUCCACACGGCGAGCCCCAACGCUAUCUACGAACGGCGCAACGCAUUCUGGCGCGGCAGCUUCUACCACACCAACGUCACGGGCACGGCGAACCUGCUGCGCCUGUCCAAGCGGCCGGGAUCCAGCGUCAAGGUGUUUGUCUACACCUCGUCCACCUGCGUGUACAAGACGGACCACCGGGCCCCUAUCAGGGAGUCGGCGCCGACGCAUAACGGGCGUCCGUGGCCGUGGGAGGGCGUGUGCGAGCCCGUGUGGACCAAGGGCAUCGCGCACAACAUGGUCCUGGACGAGAACGAGAGCUGGAAGAGGGGCGGCCUCAAGACCAUCGUCGUGGUCCCGGGCAUCGUCUACGGCGGGGGCGACAGCCAGGUGCUCCCGCUGGUCUUCGACGCCUUCCAGAAGCCGGGUAUCCCGUUGCUCAAGGUAGGUAACGGCGCCAACCGGGCCAGCUUUGUCGAGGCCGCUAAGUGCGCCGACAUCCACAUCCUGGCCGCCAGGACCCUCGUCGCGGGCGGCAAGAACAUUGCGGGCCAGGCCUACAACGCCGCCGACGGCAGCGACGACGUGCCGUUCUGGUGGCACGUCGGCCUCACCUGCGCUGCCAUCUGGGGCUGGGACCCGGCUGCUACCAACCGGAGCAGGUUCCACACGAUCCCCCCCUGGGUGAUGCUUAUCGUUGUCCAUUUCGUCUGGUGGGUGUGCCUCAUCUUCACCUUGGGCUAUGUGGAGCCCCCGCUUGCGCUCAGCCUCGAGGGGUACAAGUGGGCCACCAAGGACAGGCUCUUGAACAUCCAGAGUUCUGUUCGGUCCCUGGGGUACGUGCCGGGCACUGUGACCGUGUGGCACGAAGACAUCGUCACGGUUGCUGUCGAGCUUGAGCGGAGUCGCCGACGGGAACAACGGGAGCGGUUGCUAGGAGGAAUACGGCCAAGACAUCAGGAGCCGCGAGCCCAGGUGGAACAGGGCGUUGACGAGGGGCACGCUCACGCGGAGUAGAGGCUGACGAAGAAGUGAUGGUGAAGUUACUCAUGUUCGAUACGUUUGUAUUAGAGGAGGUGGAAAUCGGCGGCCAGCCCGGAUGCUCGCAUGAUGGGGGCAAGAUGCAUACAUAUCUAUAUUAUGGGGACGACGAUACUCUCUUUUGG